CCCUGCCACACGGGCACCGAAAAUGCCAUUAACUCCCUAAUGCCUUAAGAUUUAAUGUCAUUCGCGUGGUGCUACACGUGCAAAUCAAAUGGCAUUCACCUUAAUGCCAUUCGUCGCCGAAGGCCUUCGCCAUAACUCAUUCCACUGAGAAAUGCGUACUCUCGACGCCGUAGCGCCGCACGCUACGGCGUCGAGAGUACGCAUUUCUCAGAAUAAUUAAAGUAUUUGAAACGUUUAAACUCGUAAAAAAACAUUUAUACAUAACUUUCACGUACAAACGGCACUUUUACGAGUACAAACCUUUGGAUUUAUUGUAAACAAACUUUGAGAGCGCAAGUGUUGCUGCAGCUAGCGAAGCUGCGCAAAAGGUUGGCAACCACUGAAGUAUACAAAAGUCACGUGGGGAUGGAAUGCAUUUGUUUUUGUUCCACGGUUGUGCACGGUUGUCUCUCGUCACGCGCAGGUCUCUUCAGUGUUUUGACGUGCUUCUGCACGUGACAGAAAAAAAAAUGCAAAGUCCCAACCACCGCGCCACUUGGACCGACGAGGAGACAGAAGUUUUAAUCAGACUUUGGGAAGAGAACCUCGGCGGUCUUCGCGGCCAGAAAAGGAACGGCAAAAUUUACGAAUCGAUGACAGCCGCGUUGGCGAGAUGCGGGAUCGUGAAAACCAGGGCCCAGGUUCACUCUAAAAUGGAGAAUCUGCGGAGCAAGUACAGAUGCCACACAAAGAAUAGAACCACCGGGUCGGGAGGCGUCCCUUGGCGGUUUUAUUGGAAACUGCACAAGUUCUUGGGCACAUUGCCAGCAAACGAUGCCAGUCUUGCUGUCGAGAGCAGCUGUGGAGAGCUCUCAGUCUCUGAGAUUGUCAGGAGCAUGGAGACGGGCCAGUCGGGCGAGGAACUGGACCUAUGGACUACGUACGAACUACCAGUGGAAGUUCCAAGCCCGCAAACAGUAGAAAUUGAAGAGGGAGCACUGGGCGAUCUGGUUGGCCAGCCACCAGCAACCCAGGCAUGCUCUGACCAGCCUUCCCCAAGCCGCUGUUCCCCUGCCAGAUCAGCAGCAGGGCAAAAAAAAUGAAGCAGGGACAGCGUGCUCGGGGAUGUUGUCCAGGAGCAGAAAUCAUUUCGGAUGAGUUGGCUUGAUUUGAAAACACAAGAAUUGGAGCUGUAUAAGAAGCAACUGAAGCUC